AUGGAGUGUGGGAGGGGAACACAAAUGACUGGAAUGUCAGAUUGUCAUCGCCUAAGAAGAGAAGAUAUGUGAUAAGGGACUCUUGGACAGCGUGGAGAUGUAUGCCUUCUACUCCCUUUUAGUCUACAUCUUCUACACUGUCUUUAAGAAGGAGGAGGAUGAAGCCUUGGAAGGGGCGUGUGGAGCUUCCUCAGACGAGCCAGGAGCUGUUUCCAUGGAAACAGGGAGCAGGAGGAAAGAUGGCCACAGCUUCAAAAUGGGAAAAAAGGCUUAUGCUCGCCUUAGUGAAUCAAGCAGUAGCAGUGACAAUGAUGAAAUGUCUAUGAGUGAUGAAGACAAGGAAGAUGGCCCUGACAUCCCAGCAUGCACUCCUCUGGCUGCUUUUUUGUCCUUCAAGCAAGAGGCUGAGAAGAGGAGAGCCUCCCAAGUUCAGCUGGAAACAACAGGAAAGUUGACAGAGUCUCCCUUGGUGGCGGUGAUGUCCCACUUGCUGAGUUUUUUGGAGCAAUACUCACACUUCCAGCAGCUGCAGCAGCAAGCCGACCAGUACCGUGUCCAGCUGAAGAGGCACCGUGUCCAGCACCGCCGCCAGAUGAAGGCCCUGCGAGCCUCCUACCGCCAGCGCCUCAGGGACAAGAAUAGCAUCAUCAGCAACCUGGAGGAGGCCAUCACACAACAACAGACCCCCAGCCCACUGAGCGAGGGUGAGUGUAGCAGUGAUGCAGGUACACAUGCCGGGGUCCACAGGCUGGUGGAGUCUCUGAAUGGCCUGCAGGGUGAGAGGAGUAAGCUGAGAGGAGAACUCCGUCUGCUGCACUCACAGCUGGAGCAAAAGGAAAAAGACAGACACUCUCGUAUAGUGGCUUUCCAACAGCAGAUUGAUGAGCUCAAGGGUUGCAUCGAGGAGCGCGAGGAGGAGCUGUCAAGACUGAGAACUGCCACCGGGGCCACAGACUCUGAGAAACGGGUGCUGUGUCUGUCGGCGGAGAAUGAGAGUCUGAAACAGAGCCUAACUGUUACUCAAGGCCUCCUGCAGCAACUGACAACCAUCCCCUCCCAGUCUAGCACCAUGCUCAUCAAGGAGAACGAGAACCUCCGGAGCAGGGUGCAGCAGCUGGAGAUGUCCCUACAACAGCGUGCUGAGCAGCUGUCACACCUGGAGAGACAGAGCGAACAUAGCGAAUGGAGGAGAGGAGAGGAGCUGAGGAAGCGAGAGGACAGAGUGAGGGAGCUUCAGCUGGAGUUGGACAGAGAGAGAGGCAAGGAGCCGGCGGUGAAGUAUGUCACCCAGACUGUGGAGGUGGAAUCACCUGCCACAUUAAAGCAGCUGAGUAAAGCCAGACAGAGGAACGAGCAUCUAUCCGAAAAGCUGUCCAACCAGAAUGAGCGGUGCAAACAGCUGGAGGAACACAUCAGGAAAUCAGAUGAAUACAGCUGUAAUCUGCAGCACAAGAUUGCAGCGUACGAGCAAGAAAUCAGUAAACUGAGAGAGGAACUGUUGAAGGAGAUUGGUCAUUUGGAGGAGAGGAAGGAGGAGGCUGUGAAGGCUGCUGCCUCCUGCUCAGCAGAACACUUUCAGAACCUGCAGGACCAAUUCUUCAGUUUACAAAAGCGUCUGACAGCGCUCCCCCCAACCCUGCGCUGUAUGAAAACAGACUAUGCCAGCCUGAGGAGCCAGGUUCGAAACUUCUCCGAUUUUUAUGGGGCAGCUAUAAAUGAAGCAAAAAAACAGAUUUCAGCAGCUAUCAGUGAGAUGUCUGAAGCCAACAAAGAUCUUCUAGAGAAAUACAGGAAAGAGGUUGCACUGCGCAGGAAGUACCAUGAGCAGCUGGUGGAACUUAAAGGCAACAUCCGCGUGCUGUGUCGUGUGAAGCCUGUGCUGAAGGAGGACCAGCGCGAGGAGGGCCAGUCCGUGGUGGUGACGACGGACCCCAACAAUGAGUCCUCUCUCACUGUGCUGAACAAAGGAAAGAGUCGCAUCUUUGAACUGGACAAGGUCUUCCAUCCACAGGCCACACAGGAAGAGGUCUUUCAGGAGAUUGAGCCUCUUGUGACCUCUUGCAUCGACGGCUACCAUGUCUGCAUAUUUGCCUAUGGACAGACUGGCUCUGGAAAAACUUACACCAUGGAGGGCAGUGUGGAGAACCCAGGCAUCAACCAGCGAGCAUUGAAACAUCUCUUCAGUGAGAUUGAGGAGAGGAAGGACAUGUGGUCUUACACUGUUACUGUCAGCUCUGUGGAGAUCUACAACGAAGUGCUAAGAGACCUUCUGAGUAAGGACGGUGAGAAACUGGACAUUAAAAUCAACCCAGACGGAACAGGACAGCUGCAUGUGCCGGGCCUCAGGGUCGUUGAGGUUAAGAGCUUUCAGCACAUCAAGAAGCUUUUAGCCACAGCCCGUCGGAACAGGAUCACCUUCGGCACUCAGAUGAACCAGCACAGCUCCCGCUCCCAUGCUCUGCUCUGUAUCACUGUCGAGGGCACUGACCUUGCCACCGGGUCCAAAACCACCGGCAAGUUGAACCUGGUCGACCUGGCGGGCUCAGAGAGGGUAUGGAAGUCUGGUGCAGAGGGAGAGAGACUGAAGGAGGCCCAGAAUAUCAACCGCUCCCUGCUGGCACUGGGAGAUGUCAUUCAGGCACUGAGGGCGCGGCAGACUCACAUCCCUUUCAGGAACUCCCGCCUUACAUACUUAUUACAAGACUCCCUGGGCAAAGGCAGCAAGACAGCCAUGGUGGUGCAGGUCUCUGCGCUGGAGAGUAACGUGGGAGAGACAUUGUGCUCACUGAAGUUUGCUCAGAGGGUGUGCAAGGUGGAGCUAGGUCCUGCAGCCAGGAAGAUAGAAUCUGGUGGAGGGCAGUGCGACUGACAGCCUUGAAUCAGCCUCUUCCUGUACCCAGUGAUCACCAGGAAGCCAUAAAUGCACCAAGUCAGAUUAUAACCCAUCCUACCAACUAAUCACAAGUACCAACAGGUCAACAGCAAUCCUGCUCAAGGGCUAAAUCUGUGGAGGUCUGUGUUUGGUUUUGAGACUAUUGGCCUCCUCCUUGCCAUUUUCUGCUUCUGACAAGUGAUAACUCUUUAUCAUUAGCUAAUUUGCAUGCAGGAGUAUUUAUUCUUCCACACUGAGUGCCAAAACAACCUCUGCCUCCCCCCACAGUGUAAGAUUUGAUGCUUCCUUUAACCUCAAAUAUCUGUUUCUAUUAAUUAAAUACCAAAAUCCAGGAGUUAUCAAACCUCAAGGCUUUUCUCACUGAUCACCAGUGUUUAAAUAAAACAGCAUCAAAGGGGUUCAGUACAAUUUCCACAAUAUCAACACUUCAGUUUGGGCUUUUACAGUAGUAGUCAUCUUGCUAUAAAUGUCUGUAGUUUGUGAGCUUCAUCUCCAAUAUUGUAUAUUUUUGAGGGUUGUAGUGUGUAGGAGGAUCUGUUUGUAGCUUAAGUAUGGGCUAUUAACCAUUUCAAUGACACCUUUAAAGUCACAUAUUUGUGUAGUUCAAGUGAAAAUCAGAAGAACGGUGACUGAAUGCUUGAGAAUAUGAAAGCUGUUGAAGUGAGCAGGUGGCCUUGUGUUAGUGAUAUGAACUGUGCAAUAUCCUCCUCACCGAGGAGGCAGUUGGGCCUAUGUGGACAGAAGAUGCACUUUAUUGUGAAAGAAUAGGAUUGUUUCAUUUCAGAACAGGUAUUUAGGUGCUUGCAAUAGAUAUCACUCAUGAAUGUCAUACCAAAAACAGCUUAUUGUUACCUGUUCAUCAUUGUUCCUCUAUUUAUCACCCAUUGAAUCAAAAAAAAAAUUGUUUUGAUUCAAUAGUAGCAAGACAUUAAUGUUGCAGUAACUACCAUGAGUGCUUAGAGGUCACUUAAUGAUGAUUAGAGAGUG